CAGGAGGAAAGAGAAGCCAAAGCAACUGCAGCCCGAGAGCCUGAGGCAAGGAGCGCACCUCCUGCACCCGAGCAGAACCGGCGAGAUGCCCCGAGUAGAUGCCGAUCUCAAACUGGACUUUAAAGAUGUCUUGGUUAGACCUAAGCGAAGCAGCCUCAAAAGCAGAGCAGAGGUGGGGGCCUAUCCAAACGAGCAUGCUUUUUUUCUUAAUACUUCGCAUCUAACUCCGGUGGAUCUUAUGCGUACUUUCACAUUCCGUAAUUCUAAGCAAACCUACACUGGGAUCCCCAUUAUAGUAGCAAAUAUGGACACCGUAGGCACUUUUGAAAUGGCACAGGUUAUGGCAAAAUAUGCAAUGUUCACUGCAAUUCACAAGCAUUACUCUCUGGAACAGUGGGAGCUGUUUGCAAGCAAUCACCCAGAAUGCCUAGAGCAUGUAGCUGUGAGCUCAGGCAGUGGCAUGCCCGACUUUGAGAAGAUGACCAGAAUCAUAGAGGCCAUUCCCCUUAUCAAGUACAUUUGCUUGGAUGUGGCCAAUGGUUAUUCAGAAUACUUUGUGGAGUUUGUGAAAGCUGUCCGCAUCAGAUUCCCCAAGCACACAAUCAUGGCAGGUAAUGUGGUGACUGGAGAGAUGGUGGAAGAACUUAUUCUAUCCGGAGCAGACAUUAUCAAAGUUGGAAUUGGACCAGGAUCUGUGUGCACCACUCGGAUAAAAACUGGUGUGGGUUAUCCACAGCUGAGCGCAGUGAUUGAAUGUGCAGAUUCUGCUCAUGGACUGAAGGGGCAUAUAAUAUCCGAUGGGGGAUGCAGCUGUCCAGGAGAUGUUGCCAAAGCUUUUGGAGCUGGUGCUGAUUUUGUGAUGCUCGGGGGCAUGUUUGCAGGACAUGACCAAUGUGCUGGAGAGAUUAUUGAAAAAAAUGGCAAGAAGGUGAAGCUCUUCUAUGGAAUGAGCUCUGACACAGCCAUGAAGAAGCAUGUGGGAGGUGUUGCAGAAUACAGAGCAUCAGAGGGCAAAACCGUGGAGGUGCCUUACAGAGGGGAUGUGGAGGAUACCAUUCGUGACAUCCUGGGUGGCCUACGAUCUACCUGCACCUACGUGGGAGCUGCCAAACUCAAAGAGCUUAGUCGAAGGACAACUUUCAUUCGGGUAACUCAGCAGCACAGCACAGCUUAUUAGCCAAAGAGGAAAAAGCUGUGGGGCUGUGAAAUGUGCUGUCUGUUUCUCCCCUUCCAUUUUUUGGUGGGGGGCAAUACGGCUUCUUGCUGGUAUACUUCUAGCUAGAAGAGGAAGCAGGUUGAUUGCCCCCGCCAAAAAAGUUUGUUGUAGUGGUGGGGUUAAGCCUAAGGAGGUCAAGCCAUACACUUCAGCUAUGUCCAUGAUGAUUUAUUCUUUGUUCAAAAUACAGUAGCACUCUUAUUUUAUAGCCUUGUCUAUUUAAAUGAGAAAUCUAGUUUGACCUAGUCAGAUCUUCAUUCUGUUGGAACAAUUCCUGUUACCAAUAUGAGCAAACCCACCCAAGCUUUUUAUAGUCAACUGACCAGUUUUUUCUGCUCCUUUAACAUGGUGCAGAAGUCAGAAAAGCCUGGAGAGCAACUGUGAAAACUAGAAGGUGCUCAUUGCCAGGGUGUGGCCCUAGCAUGCCAACCUUCGGCCAACACCUCUAGAACUAAAAUUUAAAAAAUUAAAAUGCUGCUUUAUUUUCUCUGUGACAUUAAGUACUUGAUUUUUAAUGUGUGCUGAUAUAUUCAUGUUCUUAAAAUUGUUGAUUAAAUAGUUAUAUUAAUUUUAUUGCAAUGCUUUGCUGGCAGAGACAUUCAAACAAAGGAAAUGGACAUGUCUUUUAUAUUCAUGUAGAAUACCGUAUUUCCAAGAUAACGGUGGUUGCUAUAUUUCUCAGAUUCCUUUGGUUAAGGGCAGAGGACAAACACCAGCUUCAUAUAUAUAUUUUUGGUUCCUACUGUUCAGGGCCUGAUUAAGCCACCUCAUUCCAUUUAUCAAAGAUCAAGUGUUUCCAGACACUACAAAAUACUUGCAGGGAAGUUGUAAGUGGAGUUCUGUAGUUUUAGGCGCCAGUCAGGGCCAUAGAUCUUCGGCCCCACAGCUCCUCGUAACCAAGGCCUUUCCGAUAAGGGGCAGUGUGGUCAUGACCUUCAGUCUGGAACUUCAUUUGUCAAAAUGUCUAUCAUCACUGUGGUUGUUUGGGGGGUGGCAGGGCCAGAAAUGUGGAAACUUAUCCAAAUGCAAUAGGGAUUUCAUUAUCAGAAAUGCUAUGAAUCUGAACAAACCUAGUCACUGGUUCACUGGCUAAGGUUUUAUUUUGUCAUGCAGGCCUUCUGCUGCUGUGACUUCCUUUUCCUCCAAUAUAAGUGAUGGCUGCCUGCCUCUAACAUUAAAGUGCUGGACAGUGAAAUUACCAAGUCCCAGGGUGCAUCUGCUUCACUUUCUUACAUGAACGUGAAUGACUGCAUUCAUAGAUAGAUAAGACACAGGAUUACCUGUUAUGACACUGUUAGACUGAGGGCAAAACCUACCUUCCCUCCUCCAUUUGACAGAGAGCUCAGAGGCGCAUACUGCUUCCAUCUCAGUGAGUUUGUGUAAUCAACUCCCUCCCUUGGAGUCAUUAGCAGCCUUCCUUUGAAAAGCCAGUUUAACCUGGGGUGGGUGGAAAUGUGGCAGGAGUGUAGGAGUAUGCCAAUGGAGAAAUGUAAUCUACUCAUCAUUUGCUGAUUAUUUUACUUGCAUAGAUGAUCUAAUAAGUAAAGAGACAAGUGGGCAUACAAAUGUACACACUAAUUUCUGAACUGGAACAGUGUCUUAAAAUCACAGCAGAAAAGAUAGCAGCCUAAUUUGCUAGCAGGUUUGAAUUUUCUGGGAUAUUGAGAGCUACAGCAUCACAUCUGUUGUACUUUUAAAGUACUCAAUCCCAUCCUGGAAGACACCGCAACCAACUAUAUUGAAGGUGUGUGGUCUAAUUAUAUAUUACAUUUUAGGAACUUGUACUGGAUUAAAAAAAAAAGUCUCUUCAUUCUCUCCAGUAUUUCUUUAUCUUCUAAUUUUGAGACUUAAAAGGUACAGACAAAUGGUCCUUUAGCAGUUAAGACAGAAAAUUUCAUAUUACAACAGGUCCUUCCCUGUCAGCCCUAUGGACUUGGCUGUCGUCAAGUCUUUGAUACAAUAACUGGAAUAACAAAAUUCACAGCUUGUACAUGUGUGCUACACGGAACUUGACAGUGGAUAUGCGUAGUUGCUGGGCAUUCACAACCAUGACAUUUCCAAAGCUGAACACAUGCAAGUGAUCUGAAAGCACAGUGGAAGUUUUUUUUUUUAAGGAAUGAUUUUUAAACAUCAAAACUGAAAUCUUGAACCCACACUUACUGAAAAGUAAGUUCCACUGAGUACAGUGGGGCUUGCUUGUGAGUAGUCAUUCAUUGAUUGUGUUUUGAAAAAAAUUGGGUUGAUUUAAAUAUAAACAGGAAUAUGAUUCUUUAAAACAUACAUUCUCUAUUUGAAACAAACUAUUCCUAACUUUCCCCUUAGAACAGAAUCACCUUUCCCAUUGCAUGGCAAAGCUUUGCAACACUUGAUACGUUUGGAUUUGGUUAUGUUUCCACCAUCAUUCUAAAAGUGUUAAGACUGCAGAACGAAAAUUAGGUACACCUGCUCCCACCCUCAAAUUGGCUGGGCAUCUCUCAUGACCUUGCAAUGCAAUGGUAUUUUAAAACCAACAUACCUGCUUAAGACACUUCUGGUUUCACAUGAAAGAGAACUAACAAGAGCAGCUGAAAUGACCUGCUGAAAAAAAAUUAUUUAAACCUAAUUGAAUAGCAUGUGGUGAGAUUGUACUAGAUGCCUGUGCAAGCAGAGAAUGGAUGCCUUACAAAUAAUGCACAUAUAUGUUAGAAGUGUGCAGAUACUUUUUAAAUCAAUGUAGAAUAUUGCACAGACAGGAAAAGCCACACCAGGGAGGCCAGUUCUUACAUUAUUGCAGUGGUGGGGGAAGCACUUGCCUUAAGACACUCUGCCCUAUCACUCAUCAUAACGUAAGACAGGGAGAAGUUUCUGCUAGUGGUAAUCUUUGGCCUUCCCAAAUGUUGAAGACUCUACCUCCCAUCAUCCCUGGCCACUGCCAUUGUUGAUUGGGGUUGAGGCCCAACAUCUGGAGGUUUUGAACCCGUUUAGCAAGCACCAGCCUAUACCCCCACCUGAGGAUAUAUUAUUGCAGUAUUAUGUGGAUGGGUCCCCGUACCUUGUGAGCAGACCCCUAGGGAAGUUAACUGUGUCUUGCCUUCCUUCUUGGCAUGGCACCUGCAGAGCCACACUGUACAGAAAGCUCUUGCCGGAAGUCAUACUUGAAGCUUUGUGCUCUGCCAGUGACCCUACUGCUAUAAACAUCCUAAAGGAAAUUGAACAAUACAGCCCAACAAUAUCUGCACUCCCCUCCCCUUACCUCCAUUCUUCCUUGAUUUUAUUUAGGAAAGCAAGUCCUCAAGGUACAUCCAAUUUGGAUGCAGCCACUGAAAUCACACACAACUGGAUAAAAUGUCAAAGUAUCAUAAUUUAAGGAUGCAUGAAUACAAAGAUAAUGGAACAGAAUGAGCUUUAAAUGAAUUCAGAAUGCACAAUCAUACUAUGCAUGCAUUAUAUGACUAAAGUUCCAGUUUUUCUUUGAAUUCGGGUGUGUGGCAGGGGACUGGACAAUAGAAUUGAACUGUGAUUUAUAUAAAACAGAAUGGCAAUUAUAUGCAAUAUGCAUCAAAUUCUGUGUAUAUUUUAUUAUGGAAAAAAUAAAUAUGUUUUAUU